AUGGAGGACGAGGAGACUGAGGAGCAGCAGCAUUUCUCUUAUCAACAGAGGCUAAAGGCAGCAGUUCACUACACUGUUGGUCGUCUUUGUGAGGAAGUUGCAUCAGACAAGGAGAUACAGUUCAGCAAACAAACCAUUGCAGCGAUUUCAGAGUUGACUUUUCGACAGUGUGAAAAUUUUGCCAAAGACCUUGAAAUGUUUGCCAGGCAUGCAAAAAGAAGCACAAUUAACACAGACGACGUGAAGCUCUUAGCCAGGAGGAGCAACUCACUGCAUCAACAGGAAGUGGCCGAAAUGAGGAGGAAAGGACCCUUGACUUUCCUAGCUUGGUGGAACGAGUGGACCUCUCAGGCCGGGCCAGUACCCUUUGGAGAUGAGGAGGCCAAAGUGGUGACCAAGCGGCAGGAUGGCCCACCCCCUCAACAGGCCACCCGCCAAGAGAAAGCGCCCUGCAAGAAUUUCUUCUGGAAGACCUUCUCCUCCUGCAAAUGA